UGAAUAAUGAUGAUGUACUUAACUUGACUGACCUAUUAGAAGUAAUCCAAAAGUGAGAUUAUUCUGUUUUUCUAUCGUGAAUAUUACAUUCAUUGGAAAUAUGCAUCUUCUAACUCAAAUAUUCAUGAUUAUAUGAUACUGAACCAUGGAUGCAUAUAUAAGCAAAAAAUUACUACCUAUCAUAAUUAUGCAAUAUUUUUUUGAAUAUUUGUCCUUUGAAACAUGGAUACUAUUAGGCUCUUUGAUCCUGUUGGCAAGAUAUUAUAUUCAACUAAAAUGGAGUAUGUUGAACAGCCUGCAUAUUCCACAUGACCCACCUUCUAUUUGGAACUUCGGGCAUUUGAAGCAAGCAGUUAUGAACAGAAUUUCCAAUUAUGACUCUGAUCAAAAAGAAAAACACGGUCCAAUUUGGGGUUAUUAUGUUUUCUUUCGGCCUAGGAUAGUCUGCCAUGACUUGGAAAUACUUCAGCAAAUAUUUAUUAAAGAAUUUUCAACUUUUCCUAAUAGAUUGGGUGGAUUUGCGGGUUUAAAUGGAGAGGAAAUGGCGAAUGGUUUACUCGAAGCUGCGGACAGCCAGUGGAAGCGUAUGCGUAAAACAAUGACUCCAACAUUUUCUACUUCCCGGCUGAGACAAAUGUUUAAUAUCAUUGACUGGUGUACGAAUAAUACUCUUGCUGUAUUUAAAAAUACGGUUGACAGGAAAAAUGGAGUGUUUACAGCCAAAGAUGUUUUCUCAAGAUUGUCCCUUGAUGUCAUAUGCUCAUCUGCUUUUAGUACUGAUGUUAAUUCACAAGAUGAUUCUAAAGAUGAGCCUCAAAUCUCUGUCAAUGCUAAAAAUCUUUUUAAGAAUAGUCGUUUUGAUCCAACAUUUCUUAUUAGCAUUAUGUUUCCAUCACUUGGAGGUAAACUUUUUAAAUUUAGUAAGAGAAGUCCUCUGUUUCGUUAUUUUAAUGAUGUAUGCAAGAAAAUAAUACAGCAGAGAAAUGCUGAAGAUUCUCUUUCAAAUCGGAUUGACUUAUUACAACUUAUGUUGAAUUCUAAAGUCCCUGCUUCUGAGUUGGACAAAGAUUCCAAGAAAGGAAUGUCAGAAAUAGAGAUAAUUGGAAAUUCGAUCGUUAUGAUUUUAGCUGGAUAUGAAACCACCAGUACUGUCAUGUCAUUUCUUGCUUAUAAUUUGGCUCAAUAUCCUGAAGUUCAACACAAACUUCAAGCUGAAAUAGAUGAAAUGUAUGAAACGAAAGAUUCGCUAGACUUUGACACUGUGAAUUCACUUCAAUAUCUUGAUAUGUGCAUUAAUGAAAGUAUACGCCUCUACACACCAGUUCCCAGAACAGUUCGUAAGAGUAAUAAAGACAUUACUCUUAGUGGUUUAACAAUACCUAAAGACAUGUUGAUUGUAAUACCAAUUGCUUCACUUUGCCACGAUCCUGAGUAUUGGAACGAACCCAUGGAAUUUCAACCAGAAAGAAUGAGAAAUGUAAAUGAAAUGCAUCCUAUGGUAUUUCAGCCAUUUGGAAGUGGACCAAGAAAUUGUAUUGGUAUGCGGUUCGCAUUAAUGGAGGUAAAAGUUGCAUUCUGUAAACUCCUGCAUGAAUUUAGUUUUAAGCCAACUUUAGAUACCCCUGUACCUCCACUGCAAAUAAUAGUUAAUGCGUCUACCAUUCGGCCAAAGGUAAACUUUAAUCUUCAAAUUGUACCAAGGAUGAAUCAGGUAGAUAGAUAGUUUUAUUGGAGUUCACUUCAAAUUUCUUGAACUUUUCUUAUAUAUGGAAUACAUCUCGAACAAGUAUUAUAUUAUAUAUACACAAUUAAAUUUCUAAAUAUAUUACAUCUCCACUUCAUAUCAAUUAACACAUACGGUAUAUUUUUUAAAGGCAUAACUCAGGUUUAAAUAUUUCAGAUUCAAUGGUACUUGAUAUACCAGUAUUUUAAACUCAGGGGAAUAUUUAAUAAUUCAAAUGGUAUUUUUCUACUAUAUCAAAAUUAUAUAUAUUGGUAUGAACCCUCUUCCAAAGUCAUUGACUGUGGCGCUAGCUGAAUAAAUUUGUAUAAUUACUCCCCUACAUCAUCUAUCUGUAUUGAUAUGUAUCAGUACUUGAUUUAUAAUAUUAUAUAAAGAUAUACCUUUUCAUAACCAUGUAGAUUUUUAUUAGUAGAAUCAUAUUUUUAGAUUACUGCCACAAGAUUAUCAGUUUCAUAAAUGUUAUUUAUUAUUAUUUCAUUUGCUGUAAAUAUUGCAUUACUUUUUAUUUUUUAUACCAGAAUCAUAGUUUGAUAUAUUUUCAGCAUUAGUGUAUCAUUAGAAUUGUUUCAGGAUCUAUGUAUCAUUUUGCAAAAUUAUUAUUGUUCUUGUUGGGGUUUGUUGCCUUGUGGGGUAUUCUUCUCUCUUUUCUCCACCAAUAAUAGACCAAUCAAUUCUAACUUUGUAGUACUUUAAUUAAUAAAGUUCUAUACUAAUUCUCAGCUAAGCUUUCACUGGUACUGAAGUAAAUUGCCUCAGUUGUUGUCUAUGACCGACUAUUCACUUAUUUCAAGUCUUUUAUUAUUUAUUUCACCUUCGUGCCCAUAUUUCUGAACAUUUCUAUAUUAUUUAUAUUAAGUUUAGUUUAAUAGUAGUAAAAUUCAGUCAAAAAUAAGGAAUGGCUUGUGACUCGUCGUGAGUUCUAAAAUAGUACAGAAGCUAAAUUGUUGGGGCAUUUAUUAAAACUCAUGCAUAUGCAUAUUUUUACAGUAGGCCUUCUAAGUUAUUGCAUGUAGUUAGAGUAGUACUUGAAAUGAAACUAGAUUUCUGUUACUGGUAAUAUAUUGUCAUGAAAUACUCUCAAGUUGGUCACACAAUACACUUGAAGUUCAUUGUAUUAUUUAUUUGUGUAUUUGAACUUGUCUUUUUUCACUUGCUCCAACUUGUCAGUAUUCAAUAUGUCUUAUGAUUUUGUACAGUUCUAUAUCAUAUGCAAAUAAACUGUCAUCUUUUUUUUUAUCAG